ACAAUGACUCAGCUUUUUAACUUGUCUGAAAAUGAAUUAGACAUUCUAGCUAAAUUUCUUGGUCACGACAUUCGGGUACAUAGAGAAUUCUACAGAUUACCAGAUGGAACCAUGCAGGUUGCCAAAGUCAGCAAGCUGCUCAUGAUGAUGGAAAGUGGACAAAUUACCAUAAAUUCUGUCAAUUCGCUAGACGAUAUUGAUGUUGACGACGAAUGUAUUGAAGAUGAACAAUAUUCUUCUGAAUCAUCAGAAAAUGAAAAUACUGAAGACCUCGAAACUCUUCUUCCCAGCCCCAGUCAACCAAAAAUAACAGACAAGGAAAAGGGUACUUCAAAUACCAGGAGAACAAAACAAGCAGCCAAAAAGCAAUGGAGUGAAAACGAAAAAGGAGCUGUUCACAGACACUUUGGUCGUUUUUUUGAUAAUGGGUAAAUUACCAGGGAAAAAAGAAAUACUUGCGUGUAUUGA